AUGAGAGAGGGAGCCGUGCGGGAAGGCGAUGGUUACCAGACGAUAAUGAGCGUUGAUCACAAUCGACGCACACGUCUUUCAAAUGAGCUGAAACGGCGAGCAGAUAUUGAGCGCUAUCGUGAAAGUGUUGUGAAGCCAGCUAGUUUGCGUCAGGAACUCGUCGAUGUUGAACAGGUGACUCUUACGAUGGAGGUGACUUAUAGUGAUUAUGAAGAGAUGUUCACUAAAAGGACACUCAGCAAUACUGAAGAGAGUUGUGCGAAUAUAAUGCUAGAUACAAACACUAUAAUACAAUUUCCUGAUCGCGAUGAACCUAACCCCGAUUUCAUUCACCAGGUAACCAUCACUGGACAUCUGACAGGCGUCGAAGAAGCACGAAUUCGAUUGCGGAAAUUUUGCCCUCUUGUAUUGAUGUUUGCUGUGUCUGAGAGGCUACGUGAAGGUGUACCCUACAAAAAGCUCAAUUGUUGGAUAAAAGAAAAAAUAGAAGAUGGUUCUCUUAAUUUUCCUACCCUUGUGAUACAAGCGCUUCCACAACCUGUAUCGACAUCGUUCAAGGAACCUGUGAUACGCAUUACUGGUCGCGUUGCAGAUGAAGAAUUACUUUUACAAGCCUGCGAACGUCUUCGUGAAUUGUUAUUUAUUCCAGAAGCUGCUGAAAAGAUUUCUUUUUCGACACAUAUGGAAGUUCCAGCUGCUCAACGAUCUCAGCUUGUGUGGGACACCGGAUGGAGCACAACUGCUGGUCAUCUCUCGUUUUACAAAAGCGUUACUACAUUUUCCUUCUCACUCGGAGGAAUCGUCGCAAACUUUAUUUUUCUAUUUUACGGGCAACCAGAAUCUAUUCUAAGAGCUCGUCGAUACGUGCAAGGUCUUCUUCCUAUGCAGUUGUGCUUCCACGCCGGCAAUGAAGAUCUUCGAGCUCAGAUCAAAGAAGAUACUCGCAUGAUACAAUUUUAUGACGAAAUGUUACGCGUUUCUGUUCGGGUAAUACCUUCCGAUCUUGAAUCCCUAUCAGCCCUUCCUGGAGACCAGAUGAGACAUUUUAUUUCACUAAGAACUAGUGAAUACAAUGUGGGUGCGCUUUAUGCUGUGAUGCGUCGAAUACUCAAACGCGGA